AUGUCAAAUAAAGUACAGUUUAUCGAAUAAAACUAUACCGAAGGAUUAUUGUAGGUUCCGGAACAUCUCAUAGGACAAGUCUCCAAAAUCUUAUAGGAUUAAUUUGGAUUUACAAUUGAAGAAAGAGUUAGAUAGCAAACUCCAUAAUAACAAAAAGUAUUGAGAUAAUAAUUAAACUUAAUUGUAUAAAUAUUAUUGUGUAGCUUCAAGAGAUAUUGCAUACUUAAUUAAUAAACAACUAUUAAAUAACAAAUAGAAAAUAUUUAAUUGAAAAAACAAUUUUCUAAAAAGUUCUGCCUAUUUGAUCUACAUUAAUUGUUAUAUGAAAAUUAAUUUAGCUAAGAAUUUAGAGAUGAAUUUGAAAAUUACUUAUGUAAUGGUUCAGCUGAAAAAGAUCUAAAAGAAUCAAGAUAGAUUACACAAGAUUUAAAAAAAGAACUAAAAAAACUAAUCAGUUAAUUAUUACUCGAAGUCUUAAAAGGCAACCCAAUUACAAGUUUAUUGAAACAUCGUUUGAAUAUAAAAAAGUUUAGCAAUUGA